CAAGAACAUUGUUUAGAUCUGUGAUUAUUUGAAAGCUACAAGACCAUGGAGAACAUCAAUGGCAGUUCCGAAGAAGCUAACAACAACAACAAACGAGGAAUUCCAUUCUUGGUUUUCUUCAAAGACGCAAGAAAUAUUUUGAAGGUGGAUUCACUUUGUAGAGAGAUAUUAGGGAUUGCACUCCCUUCUGCUCUUACUGUUGUUGCUGAUCCCAUUGCUUCAUUGAUAGACACAACAUUCAUAGGCCACUUGGGACCACUUGAACUUGCUGCUGCAGGAGUUUCCAUUGCUGUGUUCAACCAAGCUUCAAGAAUCACAAUUUUUCCUCUUGUUAGUAUCACAACUUCCUUUGUGGCUGAGGAAGAUACCAUCCAAAACUUGGCCACCAAACAAACACAAAAUGAUAAUACUAAACUAGAAACAGAUAAUGUCGAUGAAGCUCCAAAAGAAUCAAACAAUGUUGAAGCUACAAAGAGUUCUAAUGUGGAAAAAGUUGACGCAGGGAACAUGGACAUAAAUAAUGAAAAUGGUAAGUUUUCUCUAUCCACAUCAUUAAACCUAUUUUUUAUAAAUUUUCUUCAAGAAGAAAACCGUCUUAAUACAUCCAAUAAAAAUGUAAUGACUAAGAGGAAGCAGAAAGUUGGGAAGAAGGUUAUUGCUUCUGCAUCAACAGCCUUAAUUUUUGGAACAAUCCUUGGCCUCCUUCAGACUGCAAUCCUUUCAUUUGCAGCAAAACCUCUUCUUUAUGCAAUGGGUCUAAAACAUGAUUCUCCAAUGCUAAAUCCAGCAGAGAAAUACCUAAGAUUAAGAUCAAUAGGGUCUCCUGCUGUUCUUCUCUCUUUGGCCAUGCAAGGAAUCUUUAGAGGUUUCAAAGACACAACAACUCCUUUAUAUAUCAUUGUUUCGGGAUAUGCUUUCAAUGUUCUAUUGGACCCAAUACUUAUCUUUUAUAUGAAAUUGGGCCUCAAAGGUGCAGCCAUGGCCCAUGUUAUCUCCCAGUACAUGAUGGCAACCACCCUCCUUUUAUUCUUGAUGAAAAGGGUGCACCUUCUACCUCCUAGCAUAAAGGAUUUGCAGAUUUUCAGAUUUCUCAAAAAUGGGGGUUUAUUGUUGGUAAGGGUAGUUUCAGUGACAUUUUGUAUGACCUUAGCAUCAUCAUUGGCAGCAAGACUUGGUUCCAUUCCAAUGGCUGCAUUUCAACCAGGUCUUCAGAUCUGGUUGGCAUCAUCCCUUCUUGCUGAUGGUUUAGCAGUUGCAGUACAGACAAUUCUUGCAAGUUCCUUUGCUGAAAAAGACUAUAACAAGGCUACUGCUGCUGCAACAAGAACCCUACAAUUGAGUUUUCUUUUGGGAAUUGGACUCUCUCUUUCAGUUGCUCUUGGAUUAUACUUUGGAGCUUCAAUAUUUUCCAAAAAUGCAAGUGUUGUGCAAUUAAUCAAAAUAAGCAUGCCGUUUGUUGCAGCUACUCAACCAAUCAAUUCACUGGCCUUUGUCUUCGAUGGUGUCAAUUAUGGUGCUUCUGAUUUUGCUUAUUCUGCAUAUUCUUUGGUUUUGGUGUCAUUAGUGAGUAUUCCUGUAGAAAUUUUUCUCUUCAGAAGUAAAAAGUUUAUUGGAAUAUGGAUUGCAUUAAGCAUAUACAUGAUUCUUCGUAUAUUAGUUGGUAUAUGGAGGAUGGGAACUGGAACAGGACCAUGGUUCUAUCUUAGAAAACAACCAUGGCGUCACAUGAGAAGCCACUUAUUACCAUAGAAACAUCAAUCUUAUCAACAAGAAACACCACUCUUUUUUUUUUAUCAUUUUUGUACUCAUAGGAUCUCUAUCUAGGGUUCCUAUUUUAA